ACCCUCUUUCCCCAGAUAGCAUGCAGUUCGUAUUAAAAUGUUUUCAGCACCAGCAACCACUGUGUUGUUACAUAUUUGAGAGGUUACAUACAUGUUGCUAAGCUAUUUUAAGAUAUCGUUACAUUAUAUAGACCGCUGGGACUGACGGCAAUCGCAGGAGCAAGCCUGCAACUGUUUUAUUUGGUCGUGUUAUACCCAAAAAGUGUCAGAGCUACUGUAAGCAGAACGAAAGUGCUAGACAAGCAAGCUAACGGUAGCCAAUUCGGACGGCGAGGCCCCAACCGGACAGAAACACGGGGGAACCAUGGCUAACAUCGCAGUUCAGCGGAUAAAACGGGAAUUCAAGGAGGUUCUCAAAAGUGAAGAGACAAGCAAAAACCAGAUAAAGGUGGAUCUGGUGGAUGAGAACUUCACAGAACUAAAAGGGGAGAUAGCAGGGCCACCUGACACGCCAUAUGAAGGGGGUAGAUAUCAACUAGAAAUUAAAAUUCCAGAGACAUAUCCAUUCAAUCCGCCUAAGGUGCGGUUUAUCACUAAGAUCUGGCAUCCCAACAUCAGCUCAGUCACAGGUGCAAUAUGUCUGGACAUUCUCAAAGACCAGUGGGCAGCAGCUAUGACACUGAGGACUGUCCUCCUGUCACUACAAGCCUUACUGGCAGCUGCAGAACCAGAUGACCCACAGGAUGCAGUGGUAGCCAAUCAGUACAAGCAGAACCCAGAGAUGUUCAAACAGACAGCUAGGCUCUGGUCUCACGUCUACGCAGGUGCUCCCGUCUCCAGUCCAGAGUACACACACAAAAUAGACAAACUCUGUGCCAUGGGCUUUGAAAAAAAUGCAGUAAUAGUGGCGUUGUCGUCAAAAUCCUGGGAUGUGGAGACGGCGACAGAGCUACUGCUCAGUAACUGAAUCUUGACAUCUUCAUCUCCCUCUUGUUGCAGACCAGACCCCCCUCCAACCCCCAUCACUCACACACACACACACCCCUACUCCAGUUUCCCCUCUGUCUCAAGCCGAUUUUUUCCUCUGUUUCACGGUGGACACUUCACCUCCACACUUCCUCUCUCCAUGCCCCUCUUUCUCCCAUCUGUUUGGCAUCUCUCCCCCGUGCCUCUUCCCGUCUCACCUCCUCCGCUCUGUACCACACUCCAGUCAGUCGCUCUUUGAGCUCUAGUCACUCUGGUUUCUUUCAUGGUCAUUCAACAUUCCACUCAGUGCUACAAUCAGAUGUCCAGCCCCUCCUCGCUCCUUUCGAGGCAGAUGCCAGACUCAGUAUCCCACCCAUGCCUGCCAGUCUCCCAACUCACUGGCUCUAUCCAAGUAGGCUGUCAGUGGCUUAUCUUUGCCUAUGCAGUGCAUUUAUCUUCAUUUAUGAAAACCAUGUAGGAGAGAGUGAAGCCGUUUUAGGAGGCUGUUUUGGACCUGGUCCCGAUUUUUAAGCACUUCAAGCAUUUCUGAGGUUUUCACACAGUAGCCAUACCCAUUAUCAUACCAAGGUGUCCCCAAAUUGAUUGUUUGACCAUCCCAAAGCUCAUUCAGCACCCCCCCUUACACCCUUAUACUCAUUCUUGUCAUGGCUUACCUCACCUGUCCCUUCUCCCAGCCCUUUUUCGUUAAAUUUGGUUUUGCCCUACAACACGAAUACAUUUGGAUUCUGGUUUUUAAACUGAAAGAAAACAAAAAUGGGAAAACUCAAAUCACCAUUUCCGGUAAUGCAACCCUAAGUCAGGAAGGAAAUAGUUCAAAAAGAGUUUGAAAAUACUGCAUCAGCUGAAUCAUGCCAACAGAAAAAAUGUCAAAACAAGUCAUCUGUAAAUAAAGAUAUUAAAGUCUGUGUAAAUUA